AUGGAUCACGGAGAACUCUUCUCUUGGGGUGGAAAAGAUGCUGGAAAUCACAAUUUGGCUCUUUUUGAAGAGCCGUCGAUGCCCUUUUUCGCCAGUUACCUCAAAGCGCACACUACGCCUGGCCCUCUUGAACGGAUGCAAAGCGAAAACCAAAAGAAGAAGGCGGAUCUCGGAGUGAUGCUCGGUGUUUAUCUACCAACCAUUCAACAUAUCCUUGGUGUCACU